AUGGGAGCGGGAGGACCGGUGCACACUGAGGACGUGGCGGCGAGAAAUUAUUUUGCAACGGGGAUAACCCGCGACGUGUCGCAUAUUAUCCGUGAUAUCCUCAUCAGCCAACAGCAACAGCAGCAACAACAACCACCAUCUCCACCAUCAACAUCACCCGCAACCUCAGCAAGCACGACCACAACCACUCCACAAAUCCCCGCCCACCAAAUAGCCAUCCACAUCAACACCACAAAGCCCAGCACCAAAGGAACAAAACGCCUCAUCCCUCGCCUCGACAUCUCCGCCGACCAGUGCCCAGAUCUGACCAGCCUGCUACAAAAGGUCCGCGAGCACCACGUCCGGUUCCAGCAACAGCAUAAUGGCCAGCAUCAGUCCCAGAGCGCACAGCAGGCUGCUGCCGCCCUUGCUGAGGAGCCGACGGUGCCCGUCAAAGUGUGGUUGGAGGAAGGGCUGGUGGAUGUGCAGACGGAGGCGGAGUGGGGCGGUUGCGCUAGCUAA